AUGUCUCGAAAACGCGUGCACGACGGGAGUCGACCACGGCUGGGACGCGCCCUUCCCGGCGCCCGCCGAGCGACACUUUCGAUGUCCAGAGAUAUAUUCCCGGAUUAUCAGAACCCGUGGACGGCAAAGGUGACCGCACAGCCGGAAGAGAAUUAUGCCAUCAAGGCCGUCUCCCGGUCACGAAAGCUAUCCGAGGCAAUAUAUGAGCAGGACGAAGUGCUCACUGCGUUGUACAAGGUCCCAAAGAACGCUGCCGCCACUGAAUUCAUGAGAUCGCAGGUGGUCGCCGACAUCCGGACGGAACUUUCUCGGUUUGACAGACCUGCGGUCGGGCUCGGUGAAUUCGAUGCAGAAGAGUCGGUUGAUCAAUUGGAUAUAUGUACCUGGGAUGGCUUCAAGGGUACGGACUGCUGCUUCUUGUCUGUGGGAAUUACUUGA